AUAUAUAUUCUGAUUUUUAAUACCUUGGUUUAAAGGCAAAGUAGUUAUGGAGCAGUACAAGCAUUACGUAGCACUCAGGAAAGAAUUUCUCAGUGAAGCAAAACUUUAUCUAACGCGAUCAGAUGUGAUUGCUUUAAAGAUUCGUCAUCGUGAAGCCAUAAAUUCUGUAAGGACACUUGAGUCUAUUGAAAAUAUUGAACAACUGAUCAGAGUUCUUGAGAAAAGAGGGGUGAUCCGUUAUGAUAAAAUACAACUGUUGAAGGAUAUUGCGCAAAGAUUUCCCCAUCAUUCGAUGAUUAACACAAAAUUUGAUAUGUACACGGCUCGGCUGAAAAACUACACUCCGUAUCCACCUGAAACUAAUUUGUACGAGUUUUUGAAUGGUGAGUGUUAUCAAGGAAACAAGAUUAUCAAUAAUCUCUCUUCACCUAAAAAUUUCAGUCGCAGACACUGUCCUAGAGAACCACAAUUUCAAUCUUUUGUCAAAUACGCAUUUCCCCCUGAAUCUCCACUUACUAUUACAACUGCUGAUGACUCAAGUGAUUCCAAUAAUUCUCUAGUAUCGAUAUGUUCACACAUGGAUUUUGGAAAUCAUAAUGUUUCUUUUGUAAAUUAUCUGAAUUUCAACAAUAAUGAUACACAAGAAACAAACAAUGAUCACAACUUACGUGUUAUGUCACACGAAAAGGGCAAUUUAAUUCCACGCGUUAUUUCCGGCACCACAGUUACUGCUACCUUAAUAUCAGAAAAUGACAAAAUUAAGUCUGAAAUAUAUCUGCCCAUAACAGAAGAAUUAAACCUGCCUGAGACUCAUUCUAACAUACCUUUGCUUCCAACACCUCAGUCGCAUAUGCCUCCAACCACUUGCUCAUCUCAUGUUGCCGAUACAUCAUCAGGUCAUUCUCCAAUACAGUCAAAGUCCAAAGAACAUUUUAAUAAAGAACAAAAAAAACUGAGACAGUUUGCUCAAAAAAGCCGAACUCUGAUAGUCUUAAGUAUUCUACUUUCCGUUAUCAUUCUGUCAAUAUUAUGUAUUUUUUAUGGUUUCUUGCCACAUUCAGUGUAUUAUAUACCUGAACCAUCUGCUCCACCCUCACAAGUCGUUAAUCCUGGUCUUGCUGAAGGAUCUAGAAAUUCAUAUGCUGGAAACAAUCUGAACAAAAAAACUGAAAUACAAAGCACUGCAGAAAGAGAAAAAUAUCAAUUGUAUUCAGCCACGUCUGACCCUGUGAUGUAUUCUUCAAAUUUACAAACUCUGCCACAUGACCAACAGAGAAUUAUGUAUAUGGUGUUCCAUAGAGUAAGUGAAGCAUUGGGCAAAUCAUGGCGUGAUGUGGCCAGAUAUCUCGAUGUCAGGGAGGCUGACAUUGACCAAAUUGAUGCACAGUUCAAUUCUGAGACCAAAGAAAAAGCCUUCGCAGCUUUGAAGAUAUUUGCUGACAAAAGUGAUUUGCCUUACUGGCCGAAGAACUUGAAGGAUGCAUUAGAAAAGGCAAGACGUAAGGAUCUCAGAAAUCUGGUCGAAGAUCUACUAUCUCGGAACUAUUCAACAAUGUAGAGAAAAAGCAGCCGUACAUACGUUUCUUCUUUCAAAUACAAACUCAGCUGAGCGAAAAGUUUCGCCCUGUAUAUAAUAAUAUUUUUCUCGCUGAGUUAGAAAUAUAUAUUUGGAUAUUGUAACAAUAGCUAUGUUUUUUGUUUUUAUGUUUAUGUGUUAUGCUGGCGUCUAUGAUUACAGUGCAAGAGAAUACUUCAACUAUUGAGGACCUAUCACGAUAAUAUGUGUACAUUUACAUCUACAUAAUAAUGUAAACCUGGACCGUUUUUUUUUUCACAAGUUUAUUAUUAACAAAUUAUUCAAUGUUUAUUCGCGUAUAUUUUUAGUUUUACGUCCAAUUACAGAGUAUUUUCGCGUAGUGACGAAUUCAGAAGCAGGUAACAGAAAAUUGAGUAGAAUGUAAGUUUUAACAGCGAAGAAAACAGUAAAUCAAAUUGACAAGGCAACAAUUAUAAUUGGCGUAAUGCUUUACAUACGCUGACAAUUUUCAUAACAUAAUAGUUCAUCGAAAAACAGAGAUAUUUUAUCCAUCGUUACGAGUAAUAAGCACCCUCGUAUAGUAUAAAUAAAAGUGAAAAUGCAAGUAGAAUAGUUAUGGACUGAGAAAUUCUUUUGCUGGCUGCUGCAUUUCGGUUAUUUAUGUAUUUCAGUUUUAAGUGGAACAUUCAUGUUAAAUUCUUUUUAUUCGCAAAUUUCAAAACCAUUGAUUUUAAGUCGUAAUCAUUCGAUUAUUUCACGACCACAAUUAUGCAACGGAGAGGGUAUAUAACAAAGCAUCGUGAGAAAAGAAUAAAUUUAUUCCACAUAUGACUUGACUAUAUCUUUGUAUACAGAUUUUUUCACAUAUUCUUAUAAAAGAAAAAUAAUAUAUAUAUAUAUAUAGAGAAAAAAAAAUACAGCAGCCUGCGCUAAUGUCCUCUAGACGAAUAACUGUGAGAACAAGUUUUGUAUAUUAAUGUAAAAUUUUAUAUUAAUAUAUCUUUCAUUUAGUUAAUUAAUAACUAAUUUAUUAACCAUCACUCAGUCACGUAUUAUGAGAGGAAAAAUGAUUACUUCAACAUAAUUUUGGGAGGGCGCAACACGGGAGGGGACUGCUUAUUUCUUUGCUCAGCCAUUUACUAGUUCUACACAUGUGUAUAUUCCUCUCCUGAAUAUAGACAGGUGAAUUCAGAUGAUCCGUAUGUCUAUUAGAUAAUUUCUUUUGCAAUUAUUUGUUAAUCGAAUGAUCCGGGUCGGGAAAUGUGAAGAUGAUGUAUAAUAAUAAUCCAAAAGGGCUGUGGUUAAACCGUGUAAGUGUUCUUGGUGACGCUUCCUGCUUUAGCCAUGGUGUCUUUAUGAAUUUGGUAGCCUAUGUUUAUCCUUGGUGCAAUCCGCAGUCUUUCUUUGAGUUUGCGUCUGCAAUAACAAUAUUGAAUGUUAUACAGCAUAUUAAGGAAUUGCAGUUCCCACUUCUGGUUUUAUUUAAAAAAAAAAAAAAAAAAAAAACCUUACCCGAUUUCCAUUACGUUUGGACCCCUGUUUGCAUCUCCUGUCCAUACACCGAUUUUGUCACCCUUUGGUCUUACGUUGACCACAGCUCCACAUACAUCAUCAGAGAACUCGUUAAAUGCUUCACCAAUCAUGCAAAGAAGAA